AUGUUUCUAGACAUUUUUCCCUCUGAAACACAAUCCCAACCUCAAACAAAGUUCAAAACCACAAACUGCCUAGAAAAAAUCAAUCGCCCAUCCUCUGGUGAUCGAUCGCUUUUUGACAGAGAACAUUCGAACUCUCCCAUUGACAAAACGAUCGAUCGCACCUUUCAUAACGAUCGAUCGCCCCUUGACAUUGACAAUGUUUCUGACUCUCCUUCCCCAGAAAACGUCCCAACCUCUCCACCACUUCGCCGUAGCCAACGUGUCUCUCAACCAUCCAUUCUCUUACGUGAUUUUCACUACAAUCAAGCUACAAAUAGGCCAUCAUCUUCCAAGAAAUCAGAGAUUGCAAGAUCAAAGGAGGGAAUUAUGAUCUCUCAACGAAAGUACACACUUGAUAUACUCGAUGAUGCAUGUCUUCUAGGUGCUCAACCAGUAGACUUCCCUAUGGAGCAAAACUUUAAGCUCACAAACAGUGAUGGUGAAGUGCUCAACGAUCCUUCACAUUUUAGACGAUUGGCAAACUACCCCAUGACAAGAAGAUCCACUUCAGGCUACUGUGUUUUUCUUGGGAAUUCACUUAUAUCCUGGAAGACAAAGAAACAGAAAACGGUAUCUCGUUCAUCUGCUAAAGCAGAAUAUUGUUCCAUGGCAGCUGCUACUUGUGCGCUGACUUGGUUACGAUAUCUUUUGAAAGAUCUACAAGUUACCAAUUUAGGUCUUGCAAAGUUGUUUUGUGACAACCAAGCAACCCUUCAUAUUGUCGUACAUACUGUUUACCACGAAGGAACGAAACACAUUGAGAUUGAUUGUCACGUGGUUCGAGAGAAGAUACAAGGUGGACAGAUUGCUACCUUCUUUGUUCCAUCCGCGUCACAGUUAGCAGAUUUGGGCAUAAAAGCCAUUGGAAGUAAUGCUUUUCACAAUCUUGUAUGCAAGUUGGGCAUUCUUGAUAUCCAUGCUCCAACUUGA